AUGAAAAUUUUUCUUAGCUUUUUCGCCACUGCUGUUCUUGGCUGCGAAACUGAUCGGGUUUUUGCUGAAAGAGAAUUGAGCAGAAUUGUUGAGCACUCGCAAAAAGCGGUCGAUGAGUGGCUCGGUUGGUCCCCAUCAUCAGAUUCCUUCAAACGUCGAUUUUCAAAAAUCGGUGGCCAAAUGCUCGACGCCUUUACCGCCUGCCACAACGAAACUAAAAAUCAAGAUCGCGAAUACCACCACGACGCUCACGCUGAAGGCCAUCUCCUGCUCCACCACCACGAGAACAUCUUCGGCUGUUCUUCAAAACUGACGAUUGUGUCUCCUCUUGGCGAUUUGACGCAUUGCUUGAUCCCUGUCGAUUACAACUCGUUGGAGAUUUUGAGGAAAGAGCCGCCGUGUGUCGAGGGGAUCACGUUUGGGAUCAAGGAUGAUCUCGUUUGGACGCAACUAGGUUGUUCCGUGGAAGUCUCCUUGACGAAAAUCGAAGCUGAAUUUUCCCCAGAAGCUCCAGUUUCGACUCCAAAGCCAGAAGUCACCCAAUUAACCCUCCGCUGCGAAUCGGAACAUGAAUCGCGAAAACACUGCAACUUCGAAGGCGACUUCAAUGAUUUCUACUUGACAACUACUCUUGGAGAAGCGAGCUGCAAAAGAGACGUGAGCUACGGCUUCUCGGAGAAUAUGAAGUACAUUUGGGUCGAUGAAGGCUGUUUUGCUGAGUUUCUUCUUUUCAAGCGCGAGCGAAAGCCGCAAAAGUCGACAACCAACUUUCCGGCGACAAAGUCGUAG